AUAAUUUACCAAUGGGAAACUUGAAAAACUUAAAUUAAGUGUUAUCCAAUUAUUAAAGUACAUAUUUAAUCCCAGAAUAUAGUCAGUUAAUAUGAAUGACAGAAAGUGUUUUGUAUUGAAUUGGCAUUGGUCACUGUGGUAUUAUACAGUGAUAUUUACCUCUACCAUCUCCACAUAUACCAAUGUUUGGCCACAAGGUAAAGCCUUAGAUUCAAGUUAUCCAAGUAAAGGUAGUUUUCCAUCAGUCCUAUUCAACCAAAUUUCAAAGGAAAAUGAAAACAAAAACAUAAUCAUAUCACCAUUUUCGAUUCAAUCUGCCCUAACUUUACUCUAUAUGGGUGCUGAAGGCAAUACCGCCAAAGAAUUCCAAAAUCUUUUACACUUUAGUUCAUCUAACAAAACUGAAAUUGCUGAAAAUUUUCAACGCAUCAAAAACUCAAUGAUGGCAUCAAGUGGUCAAAAAGCACAAAUUCAGAGUGCUGAAAGAAUAUACACUAGAUUUAAUCUUGUUCCAAAAUUCAAUCAAAUUGCUUCAAAAUACUUUCAAGCUCAAGCAGAGAAGGUCAAUUUUAAUCUUAGAGAACAAACUGCAAACAAAAUAAAUACUUGGGUGGAAAAUAAUACAAAUAAUAAGAUUACAAAUUUGAUAAGUCCUGAAUCGAUUGAUGACCACACCACCGCUAUUCUUGUCAAUGCACUGUAUUUUAAGGCUCCAUGGGCAAAUCAAUUUAAUAAGCGUUUGACCAGAAAGAAGCCCUUCUAUAUGAGUGCAAGAAAAUCAGUUAAUGUCGAUACAAUGUCAGAUGAGAUUACAUGUAAAUAUGUUAGAAUUCCUGAGCUUGAUGCUACCGCAAUUGAGUUGAGAUAUGAGGAUACUGAUUUGGUUAUGGAUGUGAUUCUUCCGAACGAGGUUAGUGGUUUGAAAGACUUGGAAAAUAGUAUUUCGGUGAUGGAUUUGGGUAAACUCUUCGAAAAUGUGACCGAAGAAGAAGUAAAGGUUAAUCUACCGAAAUUCAGAAUUGAAUUCGAAACCGGACUUAUUCCUGUUUUACAAGAUAUGGGUAUGAAGGAAUCUUUCCAGUAUGGUGCCAAUUAUACGGGAAUAUUUAAUACAAAGGUUCCGGUAAAGGUAUCCGAUGUAAUUCACAAGGCUUUUAUAGAAGUUAAUGAAUUUGGAUCUGAAGCUGCAGCAUCAACAUAUACUAAAUUAGUAUAUUUAUCAGCUUUUUCGGACGCUGAAGAGACAUUUACUGCUGAUCAUCCAUUUAUGUUUGUUAUAAGGAAUCCCAGUACAGUGUAUUUUGUAGGUCAUGUUAAGAACUUUGACAGCUAAUAUUAUAUUAAAAACUAAUAUUAACUUAGAGUGAAGCUUUAAUUAGGAUACCUUUUUGUAUUGUUAAUUUUUAAUAAUAUUGUAAUAAAUGACAAUUUUUUUAACAGCA